UGUCUUCCUACUAAACUUCAAUCAUAUGUUUAUUUAUGUAGGUUGUUCUAUAAUUUAUGAUUUGAUUGGGUGGUAUUUGUUGAGUGUUGAUUUCAAGAACGGAGUCUGCGGAAUGCUGCAUAAUAUUAUUAUUUUUUGAUUUGUGUUUACUCAAGACUUUCUUAUAUAAAGAUGGCGCCAAUGCGUGGUGAGCGAGGUGGUUCCCCGGCGCGCGGAGCACGCGCUUCUCUCCCGCUUCCCCGUCGCAUCAUCAGACAGAUCGCACGACAUGUCGCCUCCAGCGGGCGUUCGCUGCGACGACUUGAAGUCUCAGGUCGUGUCAUAGACAACUUCGACGAUAUCGACGACGGUUCGGAUGGUUCGGAUAUGGAGACGCAGACUGCAGUGGCAUGUGGAGGGAACGCUGGUAAUCUGCCGCCGCCUGAUCAUGAUGACGACCUCACCAGCCUCAGCUGGCUACAGGACAAGAAUUUGCUGAGAGGUAUAAAUCUUACAAAGAACGACAUUGAGGAAUCAAAAUUGAUAGGCAGUCAUGUUGUCAUCAAAUCAGAGCCGUCAAAGACCCCACCGCCUAUAUGCCGCAUACCGUCGCCCCCUCGGACACCGUGCAAGGCGCCCCCCUCCCCUCCAGUACACACCAAACCCCCCUACUCAUUCUCCUGUCUGAUAUUCAUGGCCAUAGAAGCGGCACCCACUAGAGCGCUCCCGGUUAAGGAGAUAUACGCCUGGAUUAUACGACAUUUCCCCUACUUCCGACACGCGCCUCAGGGUUGGAAGAACAGUGUGCGACAUAAUCUGUCGCUGAAUAAGUGUUUUCACAAGGUGGCCGCUGCGCCCGGUCUAGGCAAAGGCUCACUUUGGACAGUUGACCCGCAACACAGGUCGUCGUUAUUACAGGCUUUCGGUCGUCAGCCGCUAAUGCCGCUUGAGGUCGUAUCAAGCCCCGAGCGGGCGGACGUGACGGAUCGGCCACAAGGGGCGGAGCGGGCACAGGGGGUGGAACGGGCACAGGGGGCGGAGCGGGCGCAGGGGGCGGAGCGAGCGGCGCCGUCCGCAGACGAGUACCUCGCCGCCGCCACCGUGCUGGCCAUGAAAUACGGCCCCGCUGUUAUGGAUCAGCUGCCCCCCGAGGCGCACCUGGUGAUAUCGCGGUGCGCGCGUGACGAGCACUCGUACAGCGGCGGGGAGGAGCGGCGCACGGCGGAGGCGCUGCUCAACCUCGCCGGCCUGCCCACCACCAGCUAGCCCGCCCACCAGAAACGGCGGCAGAAAUGGUGAUAACGCGGGAGCCGUAACACCGGGCAGAAAAUGUAAGUCUUCCUAUAGAAAGCCACGCUUUUAAUCAAACGACAUUAGUUAAUUUCCCUUUUUGCGAUUAUGAACUAUUUAUUUAAUUUAUAACGUCUAGUAUAGUUUGUUGGUCCUUUUAAGCUCCCGGGGUUCGUUUACCUAUAGGUAGGUAUCGUUUUAAGAUAAUUUUAUAAAUUUGGCAUCGUCUGCUCAAAUUUUUUUUUAUGAUAAGUUUUAUAGUUUUUAAUUUGUAUGUAAUAGAUUGGGCCUAGCCCGCUCAGUGAGUGAUGUUUGACAUAUAUGUUCGUAGAACAAAAGUUAUAUAUGCUGCAGACAAUUAUUGUCUAUGAUUUAAUAGACAAAGAUUACCAUUCUCUAGUCCUAUAAAGACAACAUUAAAUUUCAAUAAAUUCUAUCUAGAAAGUUUAUAUUUCUGUAUAAUGGCAUUAGUUAAGUUCAAACUAUUACACAUCACGUGAGAAUUCUUAUGUAAUAUAAAGUUCUGUAGCUGUAAGUGUGAACAAGCCUUAAUAUAAAACUAUUAUAACAAGCCUAUAAUAAUUAUACUGAUCUACUGCUUAUAACGGCGAAAAAAUUGUUGACUCUAAAAAUCGUCGUAUAUUAGACUCGUCGACUUUUGCCAAAUGUAAACUUGGCUUCAAAAAAUGUUUUUUUUUAUUUAAGUACAUGAAAUGUAUGUUACCAAACCUUUGUAUUGUGUCUAAAUUUUAGUAUGCUCUUCUUGUUCACAUUUACAAUAGAUAUUGUACAAAUGUUGCUUUUUAAAGAAUCUAUAAUAAUAGAAAACUUAAUAGUGAUAGUUGUGAUACAUUUAAACAAUAAUAGUGAAAAUAGUUCUGCAUUUAGGUUCUUCAUAAAGUAGGUAUAUUAGGUAACUAUUUUUAUGAUUAGUCCUUUCUGUAUAUCCGACUUUUCAUUGCCCACUAUUGCCAGUAGCCAUAUAAAUUACUUUGCCAGGUCGAUUGCAAGGUCAUAAAUAAUGGAAAUGUCAUUUACCUGGCAAUAUUAUAAAUAUGAAAUUGCUAAAUCUGACUCAACGGAAUGGUUAAAUCAAUUUUAAUUUAUUGUUUAAAUAAUAAACUGUUGUCAUUUUAAUGACAUCAGAUCGUUUACAAAUACAGGGCUCACUGGAAAUGAAAUCAAAUGUUUUUAGUGAUAAUGUAUCCUAUAGAAUAAGCUGUAAGCAUAUUUUGUGUUCAUGAUCAUGUGAUUGCUUAAUAUAAGCAUAAUAUUAUUAUAUCCCAUAAUCUAAUCA